CUUUUUUCUUUUUCUUUCUGCUCUUUCGAAUUUCCUUGUCCUCUGAAACUGAAACCUUUGUCUGUAAAAAAAACCCUUGUUUUUCUCUUUGAAAGAUGUGGGCAAGUUCAGAGGGAGGUGCACCAGAGGUUACUCUAGAAACCUCUAUGGGUGCCUUCACUGUUGAGCUAUAUUACAAGCAUGCACCCAGAACUUGUCGGAACUUCAUUGAACUUUCCAGGAGAGGCUAUUAUGACAAUGUCAAAUUCCAUAGAAUUAUCAAGGAUUUUAUAGUUCAGGGUGGAGAUCCAACUGGGACUGGAAAAGGUGGAGAAUCUAUUUAUGGUCCUGUAUUCGAUGAUGAGAUAAGGUCCGAGUUAAAACAUACUGGAGCUGGUAUUUUAUCUAUGGCUAAUGCGGGUCCGAAUUCAAAUGGAAGUCAGUUCUUCAUUACUUUAUCUCCAGCGCCGUCAUUAGAUGGUAAACACACAAUAUUUGGGAGAGUAUGUAGGGGAAUGGAAAUUAUCAAGAGGCUUGGUAGUGUCCAAACUGACAACAAUGACAGGCCCAUUCAUGAUGUGAAGAUCCUACGGACUUCAGUCAAAGACUAGCACUGGAGUUCAGAAACUGCGAAUUGUAGUUCUAUGAAAUGCCCAUCGUUUCCCCGGAUAUUUUGAAAUUGGAUCAUUCAUAAACGUGUUAUAUACCUUGUAUUAGAGUUAUGUUUAGUAUAAACUGAGCAGAAACAAUUAAUGAACGGCAUUUCUUUUAUAUUUA